AUGGCCCUCUCGCGACCUCUCAGUGCCGCCUCGUCUCCCAGUGUGUCGCCUGACUUGAUGGCGCAGCGCUGGGGUUGGCUGGAACAGGGCAUGCCUCCUGUGGAGCAUGCCGAAUGCCGGCGUCUCAUGGUCAAGGCUAUCAUGGCUGGAGAAAGCGAGCAGAUCAUGAAUGAAUCCCUCAACGAGUUCCGUGCUCUCCGUUCCCGCCUCCAAGCGAAUGGGGAAUGGACCAUUGUCCUCGACUACUAUGGUCGUGGACCUGGUCCUCAGGCGCGCAAACGCGCCUGUGAAGACCAAAGCAGCCGAGCCGUCGUUGAGAACGACAUGGACGAGGAUCCCACAGAUGACUGGGCCCGAGUGAGUGAGGUGGACUCCCUCGACUUCGACGAGCUGUUCGCCUUCCCGACGCCAGAGAAUGAUCGCCCAGCACCGCCACCGAAGGCAAUGAACCGUAAGGAGAAGAACAAGGCACCGGCCUCUACCAGCUCCAUGCCGCCCGAUGUCUCCGACCUCGAGCAAUGGGGCCACACCGUGAUCGAGUUCGGCAAGUUCAAGAACUCCAACAUGUCGUACUUCGAGCUUGCCACCUCCGAUACCAAGGAGAUGAACUCCUACAAGGUUUGGGUCGUCAGUCACUUGGGACAGACGACGGGCCAAUGCAAGGACCUCGGCGAGUACUUGAAGGCAUUCACGGAGGCCGGCCUCAUGAAGAAGCAUGUGGUGAUCCCAGGCACCAGCUUGGUGCGUAAGUACAAGGCCAGUUCCAGCACCUCUUCCGGUUCGAACAACGUCGGCCCUACAACGCUCCGCCGGAAGUGA